AUGGCCGAAUCUGAGCUCAAGGAGUUCUUCACCACGGGUGACAAGGGCCUCGAGCCCGAUGUUCUCGCCGAAUUGCAGUCCAUCGUGCGCCUGCAUGAGAUCUCGGCGGAGGAUCUGUUCUACAAAUGGGAGUCGUUCUGCAUCAAGAUGGACAUGGACGCCAUGAACCCCCAGCUCAACCAUAUUCGCAACUUCAAGAAGGAUCUGCAGGAUGCAUUGGAGAAGGCGAACAAGCAACAAACGCAUAUCAAGACCGAAAAGCGCAGCCAUGCUACCCCGCGCGCGAGAGGCGGUGAUGUUUUCGGCAUGCUGGAUGGUCUGGUCCCCAGCACGCCGUCCUCGGGCAGACUGAACAAGCCAAACAGCUUGCGCAAGAAGGCGCACGAAACUCCGACUAUGUCAAGGGUCAAGGCAGAGAUCCCAUCUAGUUCACCAGACUACAAGGGGGCUUCGAAGAUGGAUGAGCUAGGCGCCAUGCAACCACCAAGCUCCUUCAACGACCGACAGAACGCCGGCGAUACUAUUGAAGUUCUGAACGAUCACCUCAGCACACCCGAAGCCCCGAUUUGCCCCUACCCCGAACCGCGCAUUAAGUUGACGGCCGCAUCAGACCAAAAGAAGCUUGCAUAUAAACCCCUGUCCAUGAAGCUCUCUGAAGCAUCCGAGAUUCUCGAUGAUAGGAUAGACGAGUUCAUGCACAUCGUUCAGGAUUACCACAAGCUUGACCUCUCGGAAUUCGGAAACGCAGCGUACCAGAGCACCACGGCAGUGAUUGCUGUCGGCCGUAUUGCUUCGGAUGCGCCAGAGGGAAAACUUAACGCAGCAUCUCUGGUCUUGGAGCUGUCGAGACGGAUGGGCGGAGGUCAAAGGGUGUCUCUGAACAUGGGAAAUAAGGGGUACAGCUUCUUCCCGGGCCAGAUUGUGGCGUUGAAGGGCAUUAACACAUCCGGCAACGAAUUCGUCGUCGAAGAGGUUCUUGAGGUGCCUCUGCUUCCGAACGCUGCAUCAACACCGGCCGCAUUAGCCGCGCACCGCGAAAAGCUACGAGGAGACCCGGAUGCCAUGGACACUGACUCGGAUCCUGCUCCUUUGAACAUCAUCUACGCCUCUGGGCCGUACACCGCUGACGAUAACCUCGACUUCGAGCCUCUGCAUGCCUUGUGCGACCAGGCAGCGAGCACGUAUGCGGAUGCCCUCGUGCUGACUGGACCGUUCAUCGACAGCGAACAUCCCUCGAUAGCUAUUGGAGACUUCGACUUGCCCGAGGAAGCCGUCAUUGACCCAGAUACUGCGACGAUGUCAACGGUGUUCAAAUACCUGUUCUCCCCCGCCCUCAACCGUCUUGUUUCCGCCAACCCCAGCAUCACCAUUCUCCUCAUCCCCUCAGUGCGCGACAUCAUUGACAAGCACGUCUCCUGGCCCCAAGACUCCGUCUUGAAGAAGGAGCUCGGUUUGCCCAAGACGGCGAGAUUCGUCACCAACCCGAUGACCUUGUCCAUCAACGAGAUGGUCAUGGGCGUUUCCUCGCAGGACAUCCUGUGGCAGUUGAAGCACGAGGAGCUAGUCGCUCGUCCGUCAGACAGCAACCCGCUAUCAAGGCUUUCCCGGCAUUUGCUAGAGCAGAGGCAUUUCUUCCCGCUCUUUCCCCCCACAGAUCGCCAAAAGCUCCCGAAGACUGGCACGCAGGAGGGUAUGCCGCCCGGUGCCAUGCUGGAUCUCAGCUAUCUGAAACUCGGCGAGAUGGUCAACGUUCGACCCGAUGUGCUCAUCGUUCCCAGUUUCCUCCCGCCAUUCGCAAAGGUCGUUGAGAGUGUACUCGUAAUCAAUCCGGGCUACCUGUCGAAGAGGAGGGGCGCAGGCACGUACGCCCGAAUGACGCUGUUCCCGCCGAAGAUCGAAACUCAGUCAGACGCCGUGGUGAGCCACAGCAUAUUCGACCGUGCGCGUGUAGAGGUCAAGAAGAUCUGA